UUGUUUGAAGGUUGGGUAUUCGGUUUUUGUUGGACUAAAGAGAUUGCUAGCAAGAUAUUGAAGGCAUUGUACACAGAUCCGGACUGUCCUCAAUGGUCAAAAGUACCAAAUGCCUCGAAAGAAAGAAUACUUGCACAUUUGGAAAAACGUUCUGUGAUCAACAAGGAAAAUAGAAGGAAACUGAAAGAGCUUAGCUAUGGAGGUUCUCAGUCAAUCCCAGCCCUACGCUAUAAAAAGCGCAAUUUAGAGACUGGGCAACUUGAGUCCAUCCCGGAUAGCUGGAUGGAUACUCACCAUAAAUCAGGCACAGGGUGGGUGACAGAGACAGCCAAAAAUACUUGGGAGGAAUUGCGUGCAUACCGCGACACACAGCAGACACAGGCAACUGAUACUAAGAGUUCCACACCAGUUUCGAGUGCGCCUGAAGAUGAAGACAUAUCUUUGGUACAAACUGUCUUCGGAAAACGACGGGGCCACCAGAAAGGAUAUGGACGUAUCCUUAACAUAAGGGGCCGAACUCCAUUUGAUUUUCGUCCUUCACAAACUAGAGAUGAAGAGUUGUCUGAGAUGAGAGAGCGUCUUCGACAGUUAGAGGAGCAUGUCCGGACUCAUUGUAUCACCCCGGGAUCUCAAUGUGCCCCACCACCACCCGACGACUCAGUAGGACUUAUGUAUGAAUUUUAUUACAAUUGACUAUUACAUUAUCAUGUUUAAGACAAUUCUUUAUUUUGAUUCAGCGAACAUACUCUUAUGUUUUUAUUUAUAUGUUUAAUAUAAGUGUUUUAAUUUUAUUUUA